GUACUUGAGUGCGCUUGUGUGAAGAGGCGCUGAUAGCGAAGAAUGGUGGAGUCCGUAAAACUAUGCGACCUGGAACUCACCUUAAAGCCCUUCUAUCAGAGAGCUUCAGAAGCAGAGGACCGCUUAUCAAGGCUUGAAGCUGCUUUUAACAGUAGGAAAGAUACUGGAAAUGAGGAAGAAUCUAAAGUGAUUAAUGAUCUUCAAUCAAAGCUAAAAGAUGCUAAUGCAGAGUUAAUUUCAGAAAAAGAGAAGGUUCAGAUGCUUGCUGCAGAAAAUGAGAAACUUCAAAAUCGUAUUAUUCAUCUUGUCCGAGCACUCAAGGAUGCUGAUCUGAAGUUAGAGCAAGUUUCGGCAGGGGAGCAGCUGGAGAGCUUGAAAUUGUAGGGUUCUUGAAAUGAUGAGUUGAAAGAGACUGUUGUUUUUUCUGUGUAUUUUAUUUAUUGUUGAAGUUCAUAAAAAAUCGUGUUUAUAAUGAUGCUAAAUAAGAUUGGUUUUACUGAUUUUACAACUUUAGAAA